UACUGCAGCCCUGGUUUCGCCCACAAACAGCUGAUCAAACUCAAAAACUUUGCAAAUUCGGCUAAAAAUUCCCUUUAAAAUGCAUUUAAAUCUAGAAAUUAAAUAAGAUAAUCGACACAGAGUUCAUGCGCCGCCUGUUUACAUCGGUCAACGCCCCAAUAAUGUCGAAGAGCAAGGGCAAGUCGAAGGCCACCGGCGAAAGUGCGAAAACCGAUGCGAAAUCCACGCCGGCCAAGGAAGCCAGCCCGAUUACAGUGGACAAAAGCGGCAACAUAUGCAUACAAAUUCUGGCCAAGCCGGGCGCCAAGCAGAACGGCAUCACCGGCAUCGGCCUCGAGGGCGUGGGCGUCCAAAUAGCCGCGCCACCCAGCGAGGGAGAAGCCAACGCCGAGCUGGUCAAGUUCCUCUCCAAGGUGCUCGGCCUGCGAAAGAGCGACGUCUCCCUGGACAAGGGCUCCCGAUCCCGCAACAAGAUAAUACUGAUCAGCAAGGGAGUGUCCACAGUGGAGGCCAUUGAGCAGCUCCUCCGCAAAGAAUCCGAUUCGUAGACCUCGUCUGCACCCCAAUAAAUACUCUUUCGUAGGUUUGAUUUUAAAACA